CACUGUCUUCAUUGUCAUCAGCGUAGACAAAGAGGAGAGGAAAUGGAGGAAGCCCAAAAACAAAAGAUGAAGAUAUUAUGCCUUCAUGGGUUUAGAACCAGUGGGAGUUUCCUGCACAAGCAAAUCAGCAAGUGGGAUCCUUCUGUUUUCCAUCACUUUGACAUGGAUUUUCCGGACGGACUAUUUCCAGCUGGAGGCAAAUCUGACAUCGAAGGCAUAUUCCCUCCUCCGUACUUUGAGUGGUUCCAGUUCAACAAGGAUUUCACGGAGUACACAAACCUGGAGGAAUGCGUCUCUCACUUGUGUGAAUACAUCACCACCAAGGGACCUUUUCAUGGAUUGCUUGGCUUCUCACAAGGUGCAACCCUUUGUGCUCUUCUGUUAGGCUACCAGGCACAGGGGAAGGUGUUGAAGGAGCAUCCACCCUUCAAAUUUUUUGUUUCAAUAUCCGGAUCAAAAUUCAGAGAGCCAAGCAUAUGCGAGGUCGCCUACAAAGACGCAAUCAAGGUCAAAUCUGUGCACUUCAUAGGAGCUAAGGACUGGUUAAAGUUGCCUUCGGAGGAGCUGGCCACCGCCUUUGACAGUCCUCUCAUCAUAAGGCACCCCCAAGGCCACACUGUCCCAAGGCUAGAUGAGGCAUCCACUGAGCAAUUGCGCAAUUUUACUGCAAAGAUCCUCCUCCAGAGCAAUGGUAGCAUCUCCAAUAAUGAACAUGAGCUGAAAAAUGGAGAAACCAACAAGGACGAUGAAGAGGAAAGGCCAAAAGAGUUAAACUCUAACAACAUCAACAACCAAAGGGAUGCCUCGGACAUUGCUAGAAACCACAAGGAAUUAAUGGUUGGAGAGGCAAUCCAGGCACAACAUUAAAAUGGGUGAGGUAGAAUCAUGACCUUGGGAAAAGAAUAUUUGGCAAUACAUAUAUAUAUAUAUAUAUAUAUAUAUAUAUAUAUACAUAUUGUUGCAUUAUGUAACUUUUCCCAAAGCUGUUUUCAAAUGCAAUUAGGGAAAUAUUCGUGUCUAAUAAAUUUAAUUAAAUUAACUUAUUAUCUUUAAUGGCAUUAAAGUAUUUGAUUUA